AUGAAGACAAUUCCUCAAGGGCUGGAGAGAUUAACCGGUCUCUGGACGUUGAACAAUUUCAAAGUAGGAAGAGGAUCAAGUAAGUUGAGAUAUUUGAAAAAUCUAAACCAACUUCGAGGAUCUCUAAAACUUUUUCUAGGAGACUUGAGCGAGUCAGAAGACUUGGUUGACGCUGAGAAAGCAGAAUUGAAAAAUAAGGUACACAUUCAAAACUUGGAAUUCAUUUUUCAUGGAGAGUUGAGGGUGGACAUAAUGGAGGCUCUUCAACCACCUCCAAACCUACAUUAUUUACAAAUGUUUGCAUACAAAGGCACCCAAUUGCCAGUAUGGAUCACCACGUCCCUUAACUAUUUAAGGGUGCUUGAAAUUGAAUCAUUUGAGAACUGCUCAUCUUUGCCACCUUUGGGAAAACUGCCGAUGCUUGAGGAGCUUGUGAUAUCAUUCAUGGAUAGCAUGAAAGACAUGGGCAAUGAAUUCUUGGGGAUAAUCGAGACUAUCCAGGAACUACCGAAUGCGGGACCUGCUUUCCCGAAGUUGAGGAAAUUGCAUUUUUCCUAUUGUGAAAACUGGGAAAAGUGGGAGGAUAUAACUGGAGAUGAAAAAGACCAUCUCUUAAUAAUGCCAUGUCUCAGAGAGUUAGAAAUUGAUCAUUGCGACAAGUUAAAGGCAUUGCCACAUUGCCUCCUAUCGUCUCUGGAGUACUUGACUAUUGAGAGAUCCUUCAAUCUAGCUUUACUUUACGGAGACAGGAUUGGAGACGAAUGGGACAAGAUAUCUCACAUUCCCCACAUUAAGGUAGAUCCAGUUUGGAAGAUAUAA